CAAGAUGUCACAAUAAAAAAACAAAUGGGCAAAUAGCAAACAGAAUGAAUAAAAACUGAUCGUAUUUAGAGUUCAAGAAGGAACGAGCCGUUUUUAGUCCACAUUAAGGUUAUUCUUGGAAAUGUAAAAGACCACACUUGACCUUUUGGAGUGGAGUGCGUCGCGGUGUUUGACGAUGGUGUAGGAAGACUACGUGAGUCAUGGAAUCUCCUCCAUCGAGCUCAACCUGGUCAGAUGCUUUUAUUUUAAGCGACGACAGUGGUCUGCUACUCACCAAUGGCUCAGCCUCUAGUGGGAGCGGUAGUUGUGAAAGUAGGAACGGUGGCAGAAGAAUACCCUUCGAGUUUCAGGACAGCGACUGCGAAGAAAAGUCUCUCUCCCAAGAUGAGUCACUUGAUGACUCGUCUGACAUAAUGUGUGGGGAAAACUUCAAUACUUUGAAAAAGGGCCCUCAUUGGACAGAUUUCACAACAAAACAUUCUGCGUCGCCCAUCGAGCCACCUCCAGAAUUUCAGGACAGGCCCAACUACUCAAUGAUAGAAUAUUGUGAGAAGUUGACAGGUCAGAUCAUCAGGCAGGCUUUGCUUGAGUUCAAGGAUGGUGAAUUGAAAAGGCUGCGGCUUCUGACUCAUAUCCAUAGGCCCCUACAUCAUCUACUUGGAAGACCUUACUUCACAACAGAAUUUAUACCUUUCAGUCCAUGUCAUCAUAUUGGCAGACCAAGCUCCAGGAGUUCCCUUGGGUCAUCUAGGUUAUCCAGUUCGCAUAACUCCCUUUCCGUUCCAACGGCUCACAAAGUAGACGACUCUACUUUCAUAACGCAGGCUGUAUCCCAUGACACGUUAUCGCCGCAUCAGAUCAGCGACCUCUACACAGUACCUUUUGACAGUGAUGUGUACGCUGUUCCUGUAGACGUAGUGAAACCUACGCCACCGGUUGUGUCUAUAGCGAAACCGAAAAAAUUGCAACCAUUUGCCAAGAAAAGGCAGCGGCGCAAUACUGCAGGGGGAGCGUGUAGAGAGGUAGAUCAGAGAUGCGCUGCUAAUGCUGUUGAAACAGAAGUGGUCAGGAAGAGCAGCUGUAAGGCAAGUGAUAAGUCUCAAUGCUACCAGAACGACAAUAAAAGGCAUAGUGUGGCAGGUACUUCGACUCACAUACAGGGCGAACCUAUUCACAUGACUCUUCAAGAAGUGAGGCAGUACCUGCAGACACUCUACUCCAGUUCGUCGGACUCGUCUGAAGCACAGGAGAAAAUUUAUAAGCCCAAGGCAAAACUACUACUUACCAACAACAAUAAAUAUACUGUAAAUACUAGUAUGAUAAGCAAAGAAAUGAUAAAUAACAGCAGUAGGUCGAAGAAAAAUACUUUUCUUAUCAAUAUAAAAAACAAAAAAGUGAAAGAUUCCUGUGAUACUCUUAGGAAGCAGAUAAAUACCUCUCCUACAAAGAAGGAAGAAAAGAGAAAAAAGUCACCUGCAAAAAACGCUAGGUUAUUUUCUUUCAAGCAGACGUUGUGCAAUAUGUUUAAAUUUAGGAGAUAUGUUUCACCGGAACGUAUCAGCAAAAAAUCGUAUAGCAAUAGCAGCGACAAUGUUUUGGAAGACUCUCAUAACAACAUAACGAGUAGAGCAUUGCCACCUUUGCCUAUGAGGCAAGAGACUGAAGACAAGAAAGAUAAUGAACAAACGUUGGACUUCGCUACUAGCAUACAGAGGGUAAAAGAUUAUGGUUGGUACUGGGGUCCAAUCUCAAGCGAAGCAGCAGAAAAAAUAUUGUCCAACGAGCCUGAUGGGUCGUUUAUAGUGCGUGAUAGUAGUGACGAUCACUACAUUUUUUCAUUAACGUUCAAAUUGAACAAUUGUGUUAGACAUGUUAGGAUAGAACAUGAUCAGGGUAACUUUAGUUUUGGAAGUUGUACAAAAUUCAAGUCUCAGACUAUUGUAGAAUUCAUUGAGAAUGCGGUCGAGCAUUCACGCAGUGGUCGAUACUUAUUUUUCCUUCAUCGGCGGCCUGUGAUUGGUCCCGUUCGAGUCCAGUUGUUGCAUCCUGUUUCGAGGUUUAAGCAAGUGCAGAGCCUGCAGCACAUGUGUCGAUUCGUAAUCCAUAAGAACGUUCGUCGUGACCUCAUUGCCCAUCUACCCCUACCGCGGCGGAUGAUCGACUACCUGAAUACCCCCCACUACUACUCGGAGCACUUUGCCGCCGAUUUUUCAGCUGGAGACGAAGAUUGCCCCGUUUCGAUGUCUGGUAGCAGUUCCAGCGAUUCCCCUCGACCCCCUCUUGAACCUUUAGUUGAGAGUGGCACUCCUCCUGUGACAGGGGUGGUCAGCAACUACGUUGUAGUUAGGAAUGGGGGUAGUACACAACACGCAAGAGAAUAAUACGAGGGUGUAUCGAGGUUUGUGUAUUCUAGGCCGAAAAUACAGAUUUCUUCCGCAGGUACAUACUGAAACAGUCCGACGGUACCAUUAAUUUGGAUUUCACUUAUGGGUGUCCCAAAAGUAUGGACACCACCAAAUAACUCUGAAUCUAAAGAAUUUUAAAUACAAAAGUUGUAGGAAAUCAAAUGGCGCACCUUGAGGUGCAUUUCAAGGGCAAGUGGAUUUUUUCAAAUGGGAACCUCCCAAAAAUAGAACGCCAAAAAAUUCCAUUUCAACGGUAUAAUGUACUAGAUAUAGAUGUUAUUUCAAGUUCAACUGUUUGAAUGUUGAAAAGCAGCGGAUAGCUGGAAAAAAGAUAUUAAAGAAGCACUUUCAAUUCGAAAAUUCCAGGACACACAACAGCACGUCUGAUGGUGACCUUCAUUCUGACCUUGGCUAAGACCUUGACGGUAAAUUCAA